ACCUGAGUUUCCAGUGUUUCGAAAUCUGGCCGACCUUAAAAUCAUGCGUUGUGGAAUCAUGGAAAAAUUAUUUUCCAUUCCGGUGGCCGAACACCUCUCACGUCUGAGAUUGCUAUCAUUAUAUGAAUGUGAAAAUAUGGUUCGAGUUCUUGAAGGACGUGGAGAAGGAAAGAGUAAACAAGUAGUAAAGUUCCCAAAGUUGGAGACACUUGUGCUUAAACACCUGCCAAGACUCACCAGUUUCUGUGAAGAAGCUGUUAAUUCUUUUGAAUUCCCAGAGUUAAAGAUGGUUAGAGUAGAGAAAGUUCCAAACAUGAACACAUUUGUGAAGCAACCUCUCAGAACUCCAAAAUUGAAACAAGUUUAUGUGACACAUAUUAAGAAAUGCUGGCUACAAGACCUGAACGAGACAAUAACACACUUGCGCGAAAAUCAUGAUAAACUUAAAAGGGAGGUUUGGAAAACUGGCAUUGCCAGACUAACUGAAACCGACAGCCUCAAACGUUAUGCAGACGAAGCUGAAAAAAGCUCGUCACAGGGCAAGUUCGAGAUUAAGGAAGCAGCAGCAGAGAUGGAAUUGCAUGAAGGCAUGCACAGGAAAUCAUAUGAAGAAAACAAAAAAAGAGAUCGAAGAAGAACGAUGAAUAUGUGUGUGGCGGUAAUUGCUGUGUGUGUGUGAGGGAAUCAACAUUCUUAAUUAGAGAGUAUGUAUGUUUUACCGGUCUCCUUCUACUAUGGCAAUACGUGCUUGGUAUGAUGUUGAAAGAAUAAUGAAGGAAUAGAAAGAGAGACAUCGAAAUGGGAAUAGCUAGGAAUAUGAAUAAUAUAAUAUUACCUGAAACCUU